UAUUCCUAUGAUUUUCCUUGCAUUUUUCUUCAGUCCAUGAAUCUACCUCUGAAUGCAAGCAGUAAACUACUCGCAUUGAACACCAUCUAUAGUACAAAGAACUCGGGAUCAGCUAGUUUUCUCAUGUGGUCUAUAUCUGGUUUGACGUCAGCUGGUCGCAUAGCAACAAAUCUCAUGACAAAACCAGAUUACCUGGUGUUAACCAAUUUCACAGUAGCAGCGACUCUCAGCUUCUCAGUGUGUUGUGCAAUCAUCAUCUACCGUCCUAGCGAGAAGAAGUUUGAAUAGAUGUUGGACCAAUCAAGUAUUCCAACCAAUCAGACCCUGAAGAAGAAAAGCAUUGUGGGAAAAAAUAUCCCAUUGGUGUAGCAGCUAUUGAGGUAAUUUGUGAUUUUUGUACAGUACCGUGGAAGAAGUUUGAAUAGAUGUUGGACCAAUCAAAUAUUCCAACCAAUCAGACCCUGAAGAAGAAAAGCAUUGUGGGUAAAAUAUCCCAUCGAUGUAGCAGCUAUUAGGGUAAUUUGUGAUAUGCAGUACCAUGGAAGAAGUUUGAAUAGAUUAGAAUGAUGUAGAUGUUUAGACCAAUCUGUUCUUGAAGAAGAAAAGCUUUGUGGGAAAAAUUAUUCCAUUGAUGUAGCAGCUAUUGAGGUAAUUUGUGAUUUAUAUACAGUACCGUGGAAGAAGUUUGAAUAGAUUAGAAAGAUGCAGAUGGUCGGACCAAUCAGUUUUUGAAGAAGUAAAGCAUUGUGGGUAUAAGUUGAAUCGCUUGGGACUUCAAAAAUUAGUAGUCUGCUUUUACAGAGUGGAUUUCUUGUCCGAAUCAACUUUAACUACAUAGGUUUGAUAGCACAUGCUUUGCCUGUUCUGGUCUAGUGAUUGCUUUGGCUUACCGGUAAAUGAUUAUUGAACUUCUUGGAGGUUGUCUUAUGCAGGCUAAACUGUAAUCUAAUUACCUUUUUGUUUCUUGAGGAAAGAAAGAUAUGACAUGGGCCAUGUGACAUUAAAAAAAGAUAAAAUUAUUUGUAAAAUUAAUUGUGAUUGCUAGUUUAUGGCAAUCCAUGUACAAGAUAUUUACAAUCGAUUGUAGAUAUUUAUUGUACUUCUGUGUUACAUGGCCCGAUGUCUUGGAAAUCUGUCCAAUCACAGUUGGCAAUAGUAUUAAUUGUUACUAUGAUGAUAUUCUUUCCAGUUGUGUGCCUUUACAUAGCUUUAAUUAUACACAAAUGAAAGCUAUGGUAAAAAUCUGAAGUUGAGUUUUAGAACAGGUGGCAAUAAAAUGACCA